AUCAUGAAGUCCUUGUCUGCGUUGCUUGUGCUCUCUGCCAUCGCAGUUGCGACUCCAUUGUCAUGGAUCACGGAGGCUCAGCAAUCCCCUCUGACCCAGGGGCAUCCUGGGUUUACGCUGGACUUGAACGAGUUGCGCCUCGUGCAGCGUGCCGACGACUCAGAGCCGGUAUGGAUGACUGAACUGGAGAAGAUUCAGGCGAAGGCGCAGGGCGUCAAGUUCUUCGACAUCACGGAGACGCCUGACCUCGGAGUAUACUCUCAUCUCCGGCCCCUCACCAAAGUGUCGUUUCCUACCUCGCCAAAUGCUUCGGAGUUGGUGAAGCCUGUUUUGAAGACUUUGUCCACGGACGGUCCCAAAAAGAACCUUGCCAAGUUCUCAAGUUUCCGUACCAGGCAUUACCGUAGCGACACUGGGCGUCAGAGCCAACAAUGGCUAUUGAGCGAAUUAGAGUCUGCAACCAAACUUAAUGCAUCCCCGUCCCUCCAGGCAGCCAUCUCCAUUCGCGAGUUUUCUCAUUCCUGGGGUCAGAACUCUGUUAUUGUGAGGAUCAACGGCACCUCUAAUGACGAUGACGGUGUGGUCGUCAUCGGAGCGCACCAGGACAGCACCAACUUGUGGCCGUUUUUGCCUGCUCCUGGUGCCGAUGACGACGGGUCCGGCUCCAUGACCAUCUUCGAGUCUUAUCGUGCGUUGAUAACGGCCGACUUCCGUCCGGUCCGUACUGUGGAGUUCCACUGGUACUCCGCAGAGGAAGGAGGACUCCUUGGCUCACAAGCCGUGGCCAAAGACUACGAAUCCCGGCAUGUCAACGUUCUUGCCAUGAGUCAGUUUGAUAUGACAGCAUGGGUGAAGCGCGGUACCCGAGAGGAGGUUGGGAUCAUUGUGGACUACGUGGAUGAGGACGUGACUGCCUUCAACAAGGCACUUGUGGAUGAGUACCUCGACAUACCCUAUGUUGAGACGAAGUGCGGAUACGCGUGUUCGGACCAUGCCUCAUGGAGCAAAGCAGGGUACCCGAGCUCUUUCACGAUUGAAUCCUCGUUCGAGAACUCGAACAAGAACAUUCACAGCACCAACGACCGCAUCGAUGUGAGCGAUGAAUUCAGCUUCGACCACAUGCUGGAGUUCUCCAAGCUCGCCGUGGCCUUUGCCAUUGAGCUGGGAGGCUGGAAGAAGUCAGAUUGAUCUGAAAAAUCGCAGGGCUGUCCUGUAUCAAUCAUCAUGCAUCUAAUACCGAAUGAUAUUCAAUAUACACGCUGAU